GCGAAGCAAAAAGACGAAGACCGCAUGCUAUGGUUGUUCGGAGAAUUUUCGAAUUCACGAUCUUAAAGUCAUAUGAUUCACAGCAAAUAUAGCAACAAAUAUCUCAAUUGGUAUUUUCCAAAGCCACGAAACGUGCAUUGAGUUUGGAGCGAUAUCUGAAGUGAAGAUUGAAGACGUGAUAGAAGAUGGACGACUACUGCUAUGCUAAGAUGGCGACGUCCGCUAAAACAAAGUGAAAGAGAAUCAGCGCCACCAACUUCCAGCAAAUCACCAACGGAGAUAAAGACGAAAGAUGAAGUAUUCUGGACAUCUGUGUUGGUGAAUCUUUGAACAAUGGAGACAGCAAAGAAGAAAGCUGUAGUUUGGAACCGGUGUAUUGCGGCCGGCUGCAGCAACACAAACACAGACGGUGUUACAUUGUUUGCAUUCCCGAAAGAUGACCGUCAAGCUUUACGAUGGAACAGAGAGGUCAAGCGAACACGGUUGGAUUGGACCACACACAGAAAGUCCAGUGUAUUAUGCAGCAAUCAUUUCGAAAGAUCGUGUUUCGAAGAGGGUCCCUUGCUUAGGGCAGAGAUGGGCAUCGCCACCCCCCGUCGACUGGUGCUGAAGAAAGGGGCGGUGCCAACUAUUUGGCCAGACAUCAGUGGCAGUGUCACUGUCAGUGCUCCCAGUGCCAGUGCUUCGACAAGUUCAGACCACCCCACCCCCUCCUCAAGUGGACAGACCGUGCACAUGAGGUCUGCAUUUGCCGAAAGGGAAAGGAAGAGGACAAUAGAUCAGAUCAUGGCCAGUACGACUACGGCAUCAGUGGCGGAUGCGGUGGAUGAACCAAUGGCAAUGGCACUGGAUUUGCCUGAUGAGGAGGGCCAUCAAGAUCAGCUGUUUCUCCAUUUCCAGGGAAAUACAAGAGAACAAGGAUGCCAGACGGACUGGGUACCAAUUGGGACAGCACCAACGGCAAUGACUAGUAGCAAGAGCUCCCAAACAGGGCAAAUACAUCAUAGAUCAAAGGACGUCCAGCAGCUGAUCGGUAAUCCAGAAGAAGUUUCCCCUCAGUUAGGGGGGAGCUCCACUUUGAAGCAGGAGACUCCACAACCACCCUGCAUUAAAAAGGAAGAGGAGGAACCCUGCAUCACUCAGGAGGGAGAGUGUCUUCUAGGACGAGAGGAAGCUGAUUACACCAAGUUUCCACUGAGUAUUCUCUCUGUGAAGGAGACUCCACAACCACCCUACAUUAAAAAGGAAGAGGAGGAACUCUGCAUCACUCAGGAGGGAGAGUGUCUUCUGGGACGAGAGGAAGCUGAUUACACCAAGUUUCCACUGAGUAUUCUCUCUGUGAAGACUGAAGAUGAUGAAGAGAAACCACAAUUAGACAACCUCUUAGCUCCACUAUCAGAUAGUGAGGCUGAAGACGAGGUUGAAGUAACUUUGAGCAGCGAUACAGACUGUGAAGGUGAUAUGAGGACUCACACCGACAACAAACACUCUGAAUGCUCUACAAAGAAGAGAGGUAAAAAAAAAAGCUCUACAAAGAAGAGAGGUAAAACAUGUUUGAGCUGCUCGGUUUGUGCUAAAAGUUUUACUAAAAAGACCAGUUUGACACUACACAUGAGAACACACACAGGUGAAAAACCCUUUAAUUGUUCAGUUUGUGGCAAAAGCUUUUAUCAAAAUGGCAAUUUGACUGAACACAUGAGAACACACACAGGUGAAAAUACAUUUAAUUGUUCAGUUUGUGGCAGCAGCUUUAAUCAUAGCAGCUCUUUGUGUCGACACAUGAGAACACACGGAGAAAAAACAAUUAAUUGUUCAGUUUGUGGCAACAGCUUUCAUCAUAACAGCUCUUUGACUCAACACAUGAGAACACACGCUGGAGAAAAAACAUUUAAUUGUUCAGUUUUUGGCAACAGAUUUCAUCAUAACAGCUCUUUGACUCAACACAUGAGAACACACGCUGGAGAAAAAAUAUUUAAUUGUUCAGUUUGUGGCAAAAGCUUUAAUCAUAGCAGCUCUUUCUGGCGACACAUGAGAACACACUUUAGAGAAAAAACAUUUAAUUGUUCAGUUUGUGGCAACAGCUUUCAUCAUAUUAGCUCUUUGUGGCGACACAUGAGAACACACCUUGGAGAAAAAACAUUUAAUUGUUCAGUUUGUGGCAAAAACUUUAAUCAUAGCAGCUCUUUGUGUCGACACAUGAGAACACACGCUGGAGAAAAAACAUUUAAUUGUUCAGUUUGUGGCAAAAGCUUUCGUCAUAACAGCUCUUUGUGGCGACACAUGAGAACACACGGAGAAAAAACAUUUAAUUGUUCAGUUUGUGGCAACAGCUUUCAUCAUAUUAGCUCUUUGUGGCGACACAUGAGAACACACGCUGGAGAAAAAACAUUUAAUUGUUCAGUUUGUGGCAAAAGCUUUAAUCAUAGCAGCUCUUUGUGUCGACACAUGAGAACACACGCUGGAGAAAAAACAUUUAAUUGUUCAGUUUGUGGCAAAAGCUUUAAUCAUAGCAGCUCUUUGUGUCGACACAUGAGAACACACACAGGAGAAAACACAUUUAACUGUUCAGUUUGUGGCAAAAGCUUCCGUCAUAACAGCUCUUUGUGGCGACACAUGAGAACACACGCUGGAGAAAAAACAUUUAAUUGUUCAGUGUGAUGUAAAAGGUUCCCACAUAAUGCAGACGCAGUAAAACACAUAAGAACACACAAGGGAAAAUAACCUAUUAGCUGUUUAGUUUGUGGUAUGUUGCUCAUAUGUGGUGACAUCCACCCUACCCAGGACCUCCUCACUGCUUCUUUCACAAAUAUCUGAGGUAUUCAUACAAACUUGGAUUAUUUGGAGCAUAAUCUUAUCCACUCAUGACCCCAUGUCUUCUCUUUAUCUGAAACCUUGCUGAACAGUAAGAUAGAUGAUGCUUCAAGUGCUUGGUUACUCCUUCUUCAGUCCUGGGGCCUCAUGUGUCAAGUUUGUGCACGCUCAAAAACCUGCACUACACCCUUUUUCACUGCAAAGUUGAGCUGUAUCAAAACUGACGUUGACGCAUAAGUGAUGCCGGGUAACUGUUUGCAUAACAAACUGCCAACUUUUACUCCUCAAACUGGUUGAUGUACAAAUCAGAGACUUAUGAACAAUUAACCCCCAACACCCACAACCCAACCCCCACCUCCCUCGACAUUCGGGCAUAACAGGUUCAAUCUGGCCCGCGAGAUGAAUUUGCGAAGUGUAAAAUUCAGCUGUAUUUUUAAUGAAAGAAACUGCUGUUCUAAAUGUGUCCACUGGAUGGCACAUUAGCAAUUCUGUUGGGCAAGCAAAUAGCAUAGCAAGUAUACCAAGCAAGAGGUAGACGGUAAAGCGGGGCUGUGACUCCUCCCCCUCCACCCAACGUAAAACAGGAGUAAAAUAAGCAAUCAGUAACCCCACUUAAAAUGCAGCAUGAGACACUGCACACUGAUAUAGUUCUGUGAAAAUGAUUGUCUUCUGUGCAAAUGUAAAGAAAGUGAACAGUGUGUGAUUUACUGCAAUACUGUCAGUCUUUUCACUUUUUAUUUGUGCUUUGUUGAAAUUGUUCACACAUUGCACAGCUUUUAUUUUUCUAUCAAUACACAUUAUGUCUAGAAGACAGGAAGUAACUCAACACUCUUGAAUAGUUUCUACCUCAGUUUGUAUGGUUUGUUGAGUUAGCACAGGAUUAAUAUGUGGAAAUGACAAAUGAGUUAGUUGAUACAUAGAAUAGUUUUUAUUCAUGCUUUAUUUUGUUUUUUGUUCAAAUCUAGAUGGGUUGUGACUUAAAGUUUAAUAGAAACACUGAGAUUAAGUUUAAGUUCAUUGCGUUCUUUAAGGUGUUUUUGAAAAUGCACCAUUUUUUUCCCUCAGAAUUUUUAACUACCUUGAAGUGUUUUGUCA